AUAGAAGAAAGUGAAGAGGAAUGGGGAGUUCCUCAUUGUCUAACACUGCGAGGUCAACACCAGUCCAUCGUUGUUGCUGCAAGCACCCGCGCUGAAAUGGACAAAUGGACUGAGGACAUUCAGAUGGCGAUAGACCUGGCAGAGAAAAGCAGUGGCCCUGCCCCAGAGUUACUGGCUAGCAGCCCACCUGACAAUAAGUCUCCUGAUGAAACUACUGUAGACCAGGAAUCUGAGGACGACCUCAGUGCAUCCCGCACCUCACUCGAACGUCAGUCACCACACCGUGGCAACACUACGGUGCACGUCUGCUGGCACAGAAAUACCAGUGUUUCAAUGAUCGACUUUAGUAUUGCUGUGGAGAACCAGCUGUCUGGAAAUCUCCUAAGAAAAUUCAAAAACAGCAACGGUUGGCAGAAGCUUUGGGUGGUGUUCACCAACUUCUGCAUGUUCUUCUAUAAAUCGCACCAGGACAAUCAUCCUUUAGCCAGCCUUCCUUUAUUGGGAUAUUCACUUACCAUUCCUUCCGAAUCUGAAAACAUUCACAAAGAUUACGUCUUCAAGCUACAUUUCAAAUCCCACGUGUACUACUUCAGGGCUGAAAGCGAAUACACGUUUGAAAGGUGGAUGGAAGUGAUCCGAAGUGCCACCAGCUCUGCCUCACGCACUCGAGCUCUGAGUCACAAAGAGCUUCAUGCCUAUUGACGGCUGAACAAGCCGCCGUGUUGAUUGUCCAGCAGCUGCUGAUUUUCUAGAGGACAUUUGAAACUCUUUUCUCCCUCCAAGUUUAGUAAAAACUUAAAAUUUGGUAAAAGAAAAGAAAAAGUUAAGUAUGGUUUUGCAGAAACUGUCACAAUUCCUCAGCAAAACUUUUUAAGUUCUCCGUAUGUUCAAACUAGCUUACCAUCAUCCCAGUGGCUGCAGUUCGUUUCAUGUCUUGUAUUUUGUCAUUCUGUGCUGUUUUUAGCUUGUGCCAGUAUUAAAAUAUUGUCCUUAUUAGAGUGCCAAAUGCCAAAAGACAUUUUGUUGCCUCAAAGAUUGCACCUAAAAAAAAAAAGACAACUUCACAAUCUGAAAAUUUUCUCAUCUGAGGCAAACACUAUUUCUUCUCGUUUCAUAAAAAUAUAUAUAUUUUUUUUUUACCAUGUUAAUCUGUAGACUGCUGGAUUUUUAAAUGUAGAUGGACUUUCACAGUAUAGAAUAUAAUUAUAUAUACAGUAAGCAGUCUAACAGGAAUGAGAUAACUUUCAGAUUUCAUUUUUUUUUCCCCAGUCUUUCUACAUUUAAUCAGCAAGGAAUUACUAAUUUUCUGUCUUUAACAAGGAAACCGUUUACAGCUCGUUCUCAUUUUCCCUUUGGGGUUACAAAUCCAUGUGGGAUAAAUAACGUAUAGGAUCCUUAUCUAACCAUUUUUUUGGUGCAAGUUGACCAAAUUGUUCAUCUGUUGGCUUUGAAAAGUGAAUACUACUUGCAAGAUGAAAAAUUUUUAAAAUAAUCCAGUGCAAUAUUAUUUGGGCUGUUGAUGUACUGUGAAUGGUAUGUACAAGAAGAAAUUAAAGGCUGUGGUGACA